GCUCUCCUCCCAUCAGCGCUUUCUACAGCAAGACGCGAUACGAAAGGACAUCAAUGGCGGACACACACCACCUCGACAACAGCCACGUGGUCAGCAUGGACGAGCAUUCAGCUGACGCCUGCUCGCCUGCUGCAUGGUCGAAAGGGUCUUUCUUGACUUCCAGUCAACAAGAGGAAAUGGCGGCUGCAGUACUUCCUGUUUACGACCCGGCGCACUUUGUCCGGAGAGAGAGUCAACAGUGUGGAGUUUCGUGUGACCAGCCGAGGGUGUCUCGCACGGGAGGUGUUUGUCGACCUACUUCCAGACACCUGUUUACCGUAUUUACUCUACUGGGAGUCCUACUUCUGACGUUGGGAACUCUCGCCUACCUCCACAGCUGAUGGCACUGACUGGAGACAUCGAGUGAAAGAGCAAAUAACAAAAUAUCGUCAACUGCUAUAUCCUGAGAUUCUGUGGACAUCGUGGACUUUUUAUUUGUAGACAACAACAUCGGAAUUUGUGGUCAUUGGAGACAAAAUUUAAUAUACAACAAUAUCAGGAAUUGUGGUCCUUGGAGGCAAAAUUCAAUACACAACAACGUCAGGAUUUGAGGUCCUUGGAGGCAAAAUUUAAUAUACAACUAGGAUUUGUAAGCUUUAGGUGCAAUAACAGUACCCAUUUUACCCUGACGUCAUGUGGACAUCAUGAACCUAUAUUUAUAGAACAUAACAUCAGGAUG